AUUCGUAACCAGCAUAUCGCAGUACACAGCUGUUAACCGAUGCACUCUCUUGGCUGUGGUGUGACACAAAAUUAUUAUUGAACCAACAUCAUCAAUAAAAUAUCAUCGUUUAAAAUUUAAAUCAACCGAUCACAUCGCGUCGUUUCGUUACUCGGACGUUGUGGAUAACAUCAAAUCAUUAUCUAUUAUAAUUAUACAGACUAUACUGAAAUUGUGACGGAAAUGAUUGAACUGAACGUUUACAAUGUGCUUUUGUUGUCUUUGGCGAGUUUAUUAUCUUACGUGAUAUGGUUGCGACUACGCAUGCCGGUGGAAUACCGACAGAUCUCGUCUCACGUGCCGUCCGUAACGAAAAACUUUUGGAGCGAGAUGCUACUUUCGUGGAAACUAGCGAUGAUGCAACCGAAAGAUAUUUUGCCAUUUAUCAUGGAUAUAAUGAGGAAUAACGGUCCAGUGGUUCAUUUUAACCUUUCAGGCCGAUCAUAUGUUUUUCUAAACGAUCCAGACGAUUUAAAAAUUCUGCUGUCCAACACUCAACAUAUCACAAAAGGUCCAGAAUAUGAAAUGUUAACACCAUGGCUGAACGAAGGUCUUUUAUUGAGCUCAGGUCAGAAAUGGCAUAGCCGACGGAAGCUGCUCACCAACACGUUUCAUUUCAAGACAUUAGACAUGUACAAUGCUUCCAUAAACAAGCACUCGCGCAUAUUAGUGGAUAAGCUAUUGGACGCCUCUGUAAACAGCAAUGAAAAAAAUUCUAUCGCUGAUUUUGUAACUUUGUGUUCCCUCGACAUUAUUUGUGAAACAAUAAUGGGUACUGAGAUGAAUGCUCAAGAAGGUAAAUCAGUCCAAUAUGUCCAUUCAAUUAAAUGUGCUUGCAAAUCGGUGAUUGAACGUAUUUUCAAAUUCUGGCUGUGGAAUGAUCUGGUUUAUAAAAUGAGUGGAAGCGGUCAAAGAUUUUUUAAAUCAAUCAAAGUGUUACACGACUUUACUGAUAACGUUAUUAGAAACAAACGAUUGUCGUUAAAUAACUCUGAAAUUGAAAAAGUGCAGCCAGGCAGUAAAUUUGAAAAACCGCAAAAAAAAUCAUUCUUAGACUUACUUCUCUACGUUUUGAACGACUCGCCGGAUCAGAUGAACGACAGCGAUAUUCGCGAAGAAGUAGAUACAUUUCUUUUUGAAGGCCACGACACAUCUUCCAUUUCGAUGACAAUGACUUUGAUUUUGCUGGGGAUUUAUCCUGAUAUACAAAAUCGAGCUAGGGACGAGCUACAUAGUAUUUUUGGGGACUCUAACAGAGAUGCAACGAUGGAAGACUUAAAUGCAAUGAAAUAUGUAGAAGCUGUUAUUAAAGAAUCUCUUCGACUUUAUCCCAGUGUGCCAGGCAUUACGAGGCAACUACAAACUCCAUUACAGCUUAAGAAUUACAUUAUUCCUCCGAUGACUAUAAUUGCAGUAUAUCCUUUUAUUCUGCACCGCAGUGCAGACAUAUAUCCGAAUGCUGAAGAAUUUAUCCCUGAAAGGUUUUUGGACGAAGAAAAUAAAGCAAAAUUUCAAUUUGGAUAUUUACCAUUCAGCGCUGGCGCUAGAAAUUGUAUUGGACAAAAGUAUGCAAUGAAUCAAAUGAAAAUAGUUGUAUCAACCAUUUUACGGAAUGCAAAAUUUGAAACCUUAGGAGUCAAAGACGAUAUUCAAAUUAGUACACAAUUAGUCUUGAGAAUAGAGUCACUACCGAAAAUGAAAUUUUUUAAGCUUUAAUUAUCCAUAACAGUGUGAAUUGAUAUCCUAGAUAACCUAAUAUUUAUAUCCAUUAAGUCAUAAUAUUUUUUUUAUUAAAUUACAAAAAUUGUAAGUACCUACCUAUAUGGCUAUAUGUACCUAUAUGUACCUAUAGGUACUUUUUGUCUUUGUGUGUGUAUGUCACGACGUUGUACGAGUAGUAAGGAGGCACUCAUCCUUGUGGACCGCUCAUCCUCCACAUUCAUAUGAUUUAUUUAAAUUAAGGAACAUUCUACCUUGAGUAGCAUAUUUAUUUACCAGGCAUUAACUUAUGUAAUAUGUAUAUUAAUUGUUUUAAACAUAAUGUCAUAAUGUGAAAAUUAUAUUUGUAUUCCGUCAAUUAGUAAUACAGCAGAUAACAAUGCGUAUA